AUGCCUCGCCAAUUCAAAGCUUUCCUUCGGCGCCUCCGCCUCCGCCGAUGCCGCCUUCGUGCUGAGUCUGAUCAGCAUGAGGAUGAGAGUGAUAGCGAACAGGCAGAGUUUCAAGCUUCCCCGCCUCCCUCGGCUGCCGCCGAGUCUCCACAGCUACCUCCGGCCCCGGGCCGGGCUCCCCCGCCGCCUCCUCCACCUGUACUCGUUGCCAAUGCCCCUCCCCCGAUCCCGGAACCCCCAGUCACGCAACCCUUGAUAUCAACUACUGAUUUGUCGCGGUCAGUCUAUGUAAGCCCCCUUCCGCCAAUCCAGGAGCUUCCGGAACUUCCUAUUGCACCUGUUCCAGCGCCUGUUCCCCGUACGGUUGUCCAAGUUGGUCUCAGUAGUCUCCCACCCGAGCUUCUUCACAUGAUAGCCCCUUUCCUAGAUAAUCGGUCUUUAUACCGUUUGGCCGUAGUCUGUAGAGGAUUUUACCACUUUUUGACUCGAUCUGUUCGAGCUCGCACUCUGAAUGUUGGUCUGACACCACCGGAUGAUCUCAGAGAGUUGUAUGGGUACGUAAAUGGCCGACGUCCUGCUUCGGUUAUGCAAUCCUGGACUAGGGCAUGGCAUAACAAUAGCCCAAAUGCAGGCCGAAUGGGAGAAUUCUUACUGGAGGCUGCAAACCAAGGAGAUGAUGAUGUUGUGUGGGAACUCUUACAACAUAGAGUAGACCCCAACUCGAGCAAUGGCCUUGGGCUAAGGCCCCUAAUAGUAGCUAUCUUACAUAACCUGGUCGCAAUGGUGGAUGUACUAUUAGCCUUUGGGGCAAAUCCGAAUCUUCCGAAUACCUUUAGAAACGAAACCCCGAUGUAUGAGGCUGCUAGGCUUCGACGUCACGCCAUUGUUUCGCUCUUGAUUCGUGCGGGCGGUGAUGUCAAUGCGCAAGGAGGCACCCCAAUGGCUUAUCUCCUACAGCACGGCACUCAGGAAAACAUCCAGCUCGCAAUCCAGUUUGGUGCAGAUCUAAUGAAGGCAAACGAAGCUCUGCUCAACGCAAUGGGGUUACCCGUGUUGCAUUGCAUUGUUGACCGUGACGACCCCGCACUUCUGAAAAUGAUUCUGCCCCAUCUCCCUGAUCGCCUGAUUCAUGCCGUGGAUCAGAUGUCAAAUGCAACAGCUCUUCACUGGGCUAUUAAAAGGCGAAAAAUGAGAGUUUGGGAGAUUAUUGCGCAGACGCCGAUUGGUAUCAACCAGAUGGACGACUAUGGUGAAACUGCUCUCACUGCCGCGAGAGACGGAAGUCACCAAGAUGUAGUUAAAUGGCUCCUGAAUAAUGGUGCAACUUGA